GAAAUAAUCAUUAUUUAUGUUAUCAAAAACAUUAAGAAACUUCUCUAAAAUCAUAUAUAGAUGUUCAUAACAAUCCAAAGAUAUUUGGUCUGAUGCAGAAUUAUUAUAUCAUCCAAAAAAUCCAUUAAAUUUCUAAAAUGUAAAUAAAUUUAUCAUAAUAUCUUUAGGGUAGAUGCUCUCUUUAUUAAAGUGAAAUUUUUAACAGAUUCAGAAAUUAUUAUAUUUUAAUUUCUGCUAUUGGUGGUUAUCUCACUUAUUUUAGUGCAAAGAAAUUAUAUAAUUAUUAAGAUAGAAGAUUUAUUGGAAUUCUUUUCUAUGUUGGAUUGUUAGGCAUAACUAUUCGUUCAAUGAAAUCUGUUUCAAGUUAAUAUUAAAGACUUUUAAUGUAAAUCUUAAUGAUUAAUAUUUAGAUCAAUUGAUUUAUUACCUUGUGGUAGAAAAGUAUUAAUUUAACAUCCAAGUAUUUAUGGAUUUUGUACAACUAAAGAAAUUGAUAUUUCAACUAUUUCAAGACCAAAAGAUGCUUAUUAAAAAAGCAUUUAGAAAAUGGAACAUGUUUUUCCUGUUAUAAUGGAGAGUUAACUUUUAUAUCUCCAUAGAGAUCCUGAUUUUAUAGUUAAUAAAGAAAUAUUGCCUGCUGUUAUGAAUGCAAAAUAUAUCAAAGUAGAUUGA